AUGAUUUUCAAUUCCAAGCUGCCUCUCCCCCCGGUCCCUUCGUGCGACUCCUUCAACUAUAUAUUCCAUCAUGGUCGGCGGAAUUAUUCCACCGAUCGGGUCUUGUAUCGGGUCGAUGGCUCCGAUGAGACCUUGACGUUCGGAGAGCUUGAACAGAAGAGCAGGCAAUUCGCCGAUGCGAUUCGCGAGUACUAUGACAUCGAGCCGAAUGAUGUCGUCGCUAUCCUUGCUAAGGACAAGAUCCAAUACCCAAUUGCCUACUACGGCAUUCUCGCAGCCGGUGCUGUGGUUGCCCCGAUCCCAGUACAGAAGGAGAUGUCUGAAACCGACGUGGCUGCUCGUCUUGAACAAGCGAAAGCCAAACUGGUCAUCACAGAUUCAGAGCUGCUCCAGCUUACCGAGGUAGCAUCCAUGCUGGCUGGUUGUAUCUCAGUGAUGACCCUAGAUUCCAAUGACCAAAAUUGGCCAUGCGUUGACUCCCUCCUCCCUCUGGGAAAUCCUGAUGCGCGCAUCUUUGAAUUGAAGACCCCACAAGAAGUCGACCAACACAAUGCCUUCAUCAACCGAACCAGCGGCUCAACGGGCACAAUGAAGUCCGUCCUCACCAGCCACGCCCACUAUAUUGCCACUAUGGAGGCCACAGUGGGGACGAUUCCCGCCGAUACGGAUCCGGACCGGGAUGUAUGGGUCUCUCCCCUCUCGCUGGGUUUCUUCAUCAACGCAAAGCUUCACAUGGGCUUGAACAUUCUCCUUGGUAUCCCAGUCGUGCUCAUGAAGCACACUCUCGACGAAACCACCGUCGAUGUCGUUUCCCGUCACAACAUCACUUUCCUAUUUAUCACGCCCCCAAUCGCUGCCCGUCUUGCCCGUGCUGAUCUUCGUCACAUUGACGUCUCGAGCGUCAAGUGGCUUUUGACUGCCGGUGCGCCCAUGCACGAGAACCUCCGCCGCACUGUCUCGCGCCAAUUCGGUGGCGUGCACCUCACCCUCGAGUGGGCUACUUCCGAGACCAUGCUCCUGGCCAUGCAAGUAGAUGAGUCCUCCAAGCAGCCGGGUUCUAGCGGCACAUUGGUCAACGGCAUCCAAGCGAAGGUGAUCAACGUCGAGACGGGGCGCGAGUGCGGCUACGGCGAAGAGGGUGAGAUUCUGGUGCGCAACGCUAUCGCUCGGUUCAAGGGGUACCAAGACAACGAAGUGGCGAACCGCGAUUUCGACUCCGAAGGCUGGUUCCACACUGGUGACUACGGAUACCUGGACCAAAGCUGCAAUGUCUACAUCGUGGACCGCAUCAAGGAGCUCCUGAAGGUCGGUGAGGGCUACGGAUCUCACGUGUCUGCGGCCGAGAUCGAAGCAAUCCUCUUCGAACACCCCACCGUUUCAAGCGUGGUGGUCGUUGGAGUCCGCAACACUGAGACCCAAGUCGACGAACCGACUGCAUUUGUCAUCCCUAAACCAGAGUACCGCAGCAGGACAGCUCAAGUCACCCGCGAUAUCGAACGCUAUGCCCAGGCUAAACUUACCGGCCUGCGUCGCUUGACUGGUGGCGUCCACUGUAUCUCGAGCUACCCUACAACUGGUUUCAAGAUCAAUCGAAGAGCUCUGAAGUCGAUGGCUCCGCCUAAGAUGCCGAAGAUGUCUAAGAUGUCGGUCGUUCCUUCGUGCUUACUGCCUACUAUGUCUGCCAUCUCGGCUAUUCGGAUGGUGUGA